UGUAUUUUCAAAGGCAAAAACCAAGGCAAGAUAUGUCCAUCUGUACAAGAGUAUCAUAGCAGCAUUAUUGCAUAAUAGGCAAAAACUGGAAACAAUCCAAACAUCCAUCAACGGGAGAAUGGAUAGAUGAAUUGUGGCAUACUCAUACAGUCAAACACUAGACAGCAAUAAAACAGAAGGAAUAACAGAUGCACACAACAAUAUGGAGGAAAUCUUACAAGUACAUUGAGCUAAAGAAGUCAGGUACAAAAUAGAAAAUAAUGUAUAAUUCCAUUUACAUGAAGUUCAAGAACAAGGAAAACUAAUUGAUGGUGAUAGAGGUCAGAAUAGUGGUUAACUUCGAGUGGGGGUAUUGAUGGGGAAGAAACACAAGAUAACUUUUUGGGGUGCAGGAAGUAUUUUAUAUCUUGAUAUGGGUGGCGGUUAUACAAAUGUACAUAUAUAUUUAAUUAAGCUUAAGAUUCAUGUAUUUUAUGCACUUUAUGAAUGUUAUACCUCAAUCUUUAAAAAUCAGGGCACAAGUUUGGCAAAGAUGAGUCUUCAAAGCAGUAGAAAGGUCAAUUGUUUAAAAUCAGAAUGGUCUUGGACAAUUAGGGAAGCAUAUGACGAACACACAUAAAAUGUCUAGCCCAGCUUUUCCAAUGGGCAAUGUGCCCUUGCGUCAUUAAUUUACAUCUUGUAAAUUUAUUUUACCAGGAAAUCGUGUGACAAAUCAAGGGACUGAGUGUUGUUUCCUUCUUUUUAGUGGGGAAUGAGUGAAUGGUGCAGUUUGAAGAAUACAUUAAGUCUUGAAAGUUGGAAAGUUCACCAGUACCCUCCUUUCCCUCACCCAAGAUUAGCCCUGGUGGCAGCCAAAAUUGCUUUUAUUAAUCUCUUUGUGGCUCAGGACCUCUAACUGUUGAAGAAAACAUAUUUUACACGUCUUGUCUUUCUGCGAGCAGGAAGCCUAUCUCACUUAUCUUUGCAACCCCAGACGGGGUGUGACCUACACACAGCAGUAAUCGCACAACGUCCCGUGGAGCACUGCUUCUCAAAUUUGGCUGUACGUACGAAUCACCUGGGGAAUUUUAAAUUGUACUGCUGCCUGGGGAAUUUUAAAUUGUACUCCCAGAGAUUGAUGUAAUUGAAAUGAGGUGAGUCCUGGGCACUGGGAUGUUUAAAAACGUUCCAGGUGGUUUUAACGCGAAACAAAAACAGAACCGCUGUUUGGGGGCGUUCUUCCUUUGGGGGCGUUCUGCCUUCUCCACGCCUGAUUUGCACUCAGGAAUCUGCUGUCUGGAACGGGGGUGAGGUUCACAGAUAUCUGUCGCCACGCCUCUUCCUACAGAACCAAUAAACUGAAGCCGCUCGGUGACAUCCCAAGGGCCUUGAAUUCUGAUCUGGCUGCAGACGCUCUGCACCCCGCCCAAGCCUCUAUGGUACUUUGGCGUCCCCUCUAGCACUGGCAAGUCGCUUUCCUCUUCGCCCGGCGCCGGCCGCUCCCUCUCUAUGAUCGCCGAGUUCCCGGCGCCUUCUCGUUGGUAUUUAAUUCCGGAAGCGAGUUUGAAUCAAAGAAGAGGCGGGACUUUCCUCCCGGAAGUAACCCACGUGCUUCCGCUGGAGCCUCUCGGGAGGCGGGUAACGUUAUAGUAUUUGUCGGAAGUUGGGGUCUCCGUGGGCCUUGUGAUCCGUCCCAGGCAGUGCCCCAGGGGUAGGAGAGUGAACGGCGGCGGUGGGUGCUGAUGGUGAUGUCUGCUCCCAGGAUUAGGAGGCCAGAAGGAGAUCCCUUCCACGGUGCUAGGCUGAGAUGGAUCCUCUCAGGGCCCAACAGCUGGCUGCGGAGCUGGAGGUGGAGAUGAUGGCCGAUAUGUACAACAGAAUGACCAGUGCCUGCCACCGGAAGUGUGUGCCUCCUCACUACAAGGAAGCAGAGCUCUCCAAGGGCGAGUCUGUGUGCCUGGACCGAUGUGUCUCUAAGUACCUGGACAUCCAUGAGCGGAUGGGCAAAAAGUUGACAGAGUUGUCUAUGCAGGAUGAAGAGCUGAUGAAGAGGGUGCAGCAGAGCUCUGGGCCCGCAUGAGGUCCCUGUCAGUAUACAGCCUGGGGUACACCCCACCCCUUCCCACUUUAAUAAACGUGCUCCCUGUUGGGUGUCAUCUGUGAA